CCCUCUCUCUCUGUCAUAUUAAAUUGUCUCUUUCAGACUUCAGGGCUGAUAUACAGAAAGCUUUCAAUGAAGAACAAUAAUAGUCUAGCAACUCCAUUUGAUUCUUUUUCUGACUCGGCUGAAGACAUUCUCAGCGCUGCAAAGUUGGGGGACUUCAGAAUCUUUAUUGCUAUUGUGGAGUCUACAAAAGCAAGAGGUUUACUUUGUGAGGCUUAUCAAGCAGGCCUUACUACUGCUAAGCAUGUAUGGAUAUUGGGUGGUAUGACUGAUCCUUAUUGGUGGAAAAUAGAUGAUAAUGCUAAUGGUAGUACUAUACAUCAUCAUGAUUGUACUGACCACCAGAUGAAGGAGGCUAUUACUUCUAUGCUGUUUGUUGACAUUGCCUCUAAACUACCCUUCAAUGAUGUAAGCAUGUUUGUAUUGUAUAUUAUGGGGAAAAUUUGAGGUUCAAUAAUUAGUGAAGUUCUUGUAUAUGUACAU